UUUUUUUUUUUCUUCUUUCGAAUACCAAAAACUUCCAACCAUGGAUAUGUCUUCAGAUAUGCCGAUGCCGACGGACAUGCCGAUGCCCACCGAUAUGCCGAUGCCGAUGGGCAACAUGACCAUGAACAUGUACAUGCAGAUGACCUUCUACUGGAGCUCGUCCGUCACGAUUCUGUUUGACGAGUGGGCGCCCGCCACGAUGGGCGAGUACUUUGGUGCCCUCGUCGCCGUCUUCUUCCUCGGCGUCGCAUACGAGCUGACGCGCUUCCUCGCGCACUCGCUGGACAAGUCACUUCUCGCACAGUCGGCCCGUGCUUCCAACGACCACUCGGUCCUGAUCGAGAAGCGCCACGUCAACGGCUCGGGCAGCUCCCGCGUCAACUUUGGUCUGUUUGACCAGCUCAAGCGCGCCCUGCUGCACAUGAUCCAGCUGACUCUGGCCUACUUGCUCAUGCUGGUUGUCAUGACCUACAACGGCGGUCUCUUUAUUGCUGCCAUCGUCGGCAGCGGCGUCGGUUUUUUUCUCUUCUCUCGCAGCAAGGUCGUGGAUUCAAGCGAGGAGGUCUGCCACUAACGACCCGAUUCCGCUCGCUGCUUCCCACGAAGCGGCCCUCGACCUUUCUACUUCUGACCUUGGUGGCGAUCGUUGUCACACUGAUCCUGAUGAAUCAUCCAUGACCCUUGCUACUACUCCUGUCCAGCCAAGUGUUGCUGGCAUCCGCACUUUGUCUGUCACACGAGCGUACCAGCCGUUGCGCGACCAAAGCGAUCAUUUGGAUGAUCUUGCCAGUGGUGGUGACGAUGACCUCUUUGCUGCCACUUCCCCGUCGUGACUUUUGUUGGCUGUUGUGUGAUGUUGUGGAUGUUUUUUUUUUUUUUGCUUCUUCUUCUUCUUCUUCCCGCCGAUGUUACAGUAGUUGCUUUUUUGGUUGUUGUUCUUCCUCUUUGUCGAAUGUUUGCUGCAAUUCUUUCAUUACAGCACUUGGAAUUCUCUCGUCUUUGUCUGAAAUCCAG